AUGUUCCUCUCUUCAUCACUUUUCAUCCUUUUUUUUAGUUUCUCUUUCUUGAUCUCUUUUUUUUUCUUUUUAUCUUUCAUUGCAGUUUUGACUUCUUUUUUUUUUCUCUUGAUCAGUAUCCCUCUCAGUAAUCCUUUUUCUUUCUUUCAACAUAUCUUCCUCUUUUAUUUCAUUUUCUAUCCCUCUUUAGAUUUCACUCUCGUUAUCUCCUUCAUACAGUUUCUCACUUCUUUUUUCAUUCAUUUGUCAAGAUCUUUCUCUUUCUUUUCCCAAUAUCUCACUCAUUUUUCUCUUUCACUCUUUAUUUACAUUCCUUCUUAUUCAUUCUUUCUUUGUCUGUCUUUACAUGUGCUUUUUGUUUUUUCCUUUUCUUUCUCAUUUUUGCUUUCUUUCUUCCUUUUUAAUUUUUCUUUCCUCUUCCUUUUACCCAUAUUUUUUCUCCUUCCUGAUAUUUUGUUGCUUUCUUCUACAUUGUUCUUUCUCUUCUUUGCAUCCAUCUUUGCAUUCAAUCUUCUUUUCUUCUUCAAUAUAAUGUCAUCUUUCUCUUCUCUUCUCUGUUUCUGUUUCUUCUUCUUCUUCUUCUUCUUCUUCUUCUUCUUCUUCUUCUUCUUCUUCUUCUGUAUCAUUUUUUGCCCUUUUCAAAUUUAUUCUUAUCUUUUCUUCACUAAUUCUUACCAUUUCUCAAGAAAGCCACAAAAUUUUGUAGAACACUGGCUUUUCAAUGCACACACCUCAAUAUAUCUUUUGUUCUUUCUCACUUUUCUAAAAUCUCUCUCUCUCUCUCUCUUUCUUGACUGCUUCCAAUGUUUCUCUCUUCAUUUCUUCAGAAAUCAUUUUACAUUCUUCUCUCUUUUUUUUCCUUUAUUUCAUUUCAUGCUUAUUUUUUUGAUAUCUUUUUAUAUUCUUCUCUCUCAACAUGUUCCUCUCUUCAUCACUUUUCAUCCUUUUUUUUAUAUCCCUCUCAGUAAUCCUUUUUCUUUCUUUCAACAUAUUUCCCUCUUUAGAUUUCACUCUCUUUAUCUCCUUCAUACAGUUUCUCACUUCUUUUUUCAUUCAUUUGUCAAGAUCUUUCUCUUUCUUUUCCCAAUAUCUCACUCAUUUUUCUCUUUCACUCUUUAUUUACAUUCCUUCUUAUUCAUUCUUUGUUGA